AAAAAGAAACAAGAAAACGAACGAGUUUGAUACAGCUGGGGGACCUUUGUGCUCUUCUCUCUCUUCUCUGUCUCUCUCUUAUUAGUUUCCCUUCUUGAGUCAAAAGGAUCAUCUCCCUUGCUUCUUAUUCGUCAGUUUGGCGAAUGAUUCAUCAUUUCUUUCCAAAUACAGACAAAUGCAAUGGUUCUGGAAAUCUCAAGAACGUAUUCAAUCAUGUCUUUGCGGAGCCCAUAUAUAUAUAUAUAUAUAUACAUACAUAUACUUGCAGGUGUCUGUUUGGGUUUGCAUCUGAUUGGAAAUAACCAUGGCAAAGAAGUCUGAAGAAUUAUCAGAAUACUUAUCAGAUGAUAUGGAAGCCAAUCCAAGUAGCGAUAGCCUUACUAUGAGUGAUGAUGAAGAAGAAACUGCUGAUGAGGAGGGUCAAAUAUCACCAUUUUCUUCUCAGCAAUGGCCCCAAAGUUUCAGAGAGACAAUUGACUCAUAUACAAUUGCCGCAUCACCAAGUUUCGGACUCCUACGACUUGGAUCCAGUAUUAUAUCUGAAGCCGAUAGUAGAGAGUUCUUGGACUCGGAUGUGAAGACACAUUUACUUGCUGAAAAGGAAAAAAUUCAGGAGCAAAAUGUCGUGGAUGGAAUCUCAGUAGCAAAGGCAUCUUGGUCAGAGAAGGCUUCUUCAUUGCAUGAGCAACUGGUUGGGGAAUUACCAAUUUCCUAUGGAUGCAGCUUAACUCAGACUAUAUUCAAUGGUGUCAAUGUCAUGGCUGGAGUUGGACUGCUCUCUACUCCUUAUACAGUGAAAGAAGCUGGUUGGGCUAGUUUGUUAGUGUUGGUAAUUUUUGCAGUUAUAUGUUGGUACACAGCUUCUCUUAUGAGUCAUUGCUUCAAGAGCAGGGAAGGAAUCACAACCUAUCCCGAUAUUGGAGAAGCUGCAUUUGGAAAAUUUGGACGCCUCAUUAUAUCUAUUAUCUUGUACAUUGAGCUCUAUUCAUAUUGUGUAGAAUAUAUAAUUUUGGAAGGAGAUAACCUUACUACUCUUUUUCCCGGAACUUCACUAAACUGGGAUGGCCUUAAACUUGAUUCGACUCACUUCUUUGGGAUCCUGACUGCCCUAGUUGUUCUGCCAACUGUUUGGUUGAGGGACCUUCGUGUAAUAUCAUACCUCUCAGCCUGCGGGGUCCUUGCGACUAUAAUAAUUGCUCUGUGUGUGCUUUUCCUUGGUACGGUGGAUGGAGUCGGAUUUCAUAAUACCAAUCAGGUUCUGAACUGGAGUGGGAUUCCUUUUGCUAUUGGGGUAUAUGGCUUUUGCUUCUCUGGGCACUCGGUGUUCCCAAACAUCUACCAAUCUAUGGCUGACAAAUCAAAAUUCAAUGACGCAGUAGCAAUAUGCUUUAUUCUGUGUAUUCUAAUCUAUGGAGGUGUUGCAAUAAUGGGGUAUCUCAUGUUUGGUCAAAGCACAUUGUCUCAGAUUACUUUGAAUAUGCCUGAGGAUUCAAUCUCUUCAAGAAUAGCAGUAUGGACCAUUGUUAUCAACCCAUUCACGAAAUAUGCAUUGCUGAUGAAUCCUUUGGGAAGAAGCAUAGAGGAAUUGCUGCCCCCAAGAAUCUCUAAUAGUUUCUUGUGUUUUAUUCUCCUAAGGACAGUGCUUGUCUUUUCUACCCUGUGCGUUGCAUUUCUAGUUCCCUUUUUUGGUCUUGUGAUGGCUCUGAUUGGUUCUCUUCUCAGUAUACUGGUGGCUGUAAUAAUGCCAGCUUUAUGUUUCCUAAAGAUUAUUGGAAAGAAAGCAACAAGGACACAGAUGGUUUGUAGCAUCAGCAUUAUUGCAAUCGGCAUUGCAAGUGCAGCUUUGGGGACUUACUCCUCGCUCUUGAAAAUUGUGAAGAAAUACUGAAAUCCACUACAGUCGACAAAGCUUGGAGGUGAACAUAUUAGCAGUAUAACAUUUCUUGUGUACUCCCUGACUGAACUUUUGAUCUCCAUCCCAAAUUUUACCUAAUCUUCUUCUCAGCUUCACUUUCCAGCAACUUUGCGACCCAUUAUUGUUUUAUUAUCAGUGUGAGUUGGCUACUAAUACUUGAUGGACCUCUGCAUCUCUGUUUUUGGCUUUGAUUGCCUAUAUUAGCUGUUCCAACAUGAUUUAGUGGUUUGAGAAUGAUUAGAAGAGGAGAAAUGCUUAUGUUCUUUGAUCA